AUGACUUACGGCGAGAUUGAUCAGUUGGCCAUCAACACCAUUCGUCUGCUUGCAGUCGAUGCCACCUUCCACAGCAACUCGGGACACCCCGGUGCUCCCAUGGGCAUGGCACCUGUUGCCCACGUCCUCUUCAACAAAUUCAUGAAGUUCAACCCCAAGAACCCGAAAUGGUUGAACAGAGAUCGCUUCGUUCUCUCCAACGGCCACGGCUGCAUGCUGCAAUAUGCUUUGCUGCACCUUUUUGGCUAUCAGUUGAGCAUGGAUGAUAUCAAGAAGUUCAGAACUGUCGAUAGCAUCACCCCUGGUCACCCCGAAGCCCAUGACACACCCGGAAUUGAGGUCACCACUGGGCCUCUUGGUCAGGGUGUGUGCAAUGCUGUUGGUCUGGCCAUGGCGCAGGCUCACACUGCCGCCACCUUCAACAAGCCCGGAUUUGACGUUGUUGACAACUACACAUACUGCUUCCUCGGUGAUGGCUGCUUGAUGGAGGGCGUCUCCAGCGAGGCCUCUUCUCUUGCUGGCCACCUUCAGCUCGGCAACCUGAUCUGCAUUUACGAUGACAACCACAUUUCCAUUGACGGUGACACCAACUGUGCCUUCACUGAGGAUGUUGUUAAGCGAUACGAGGCCUAUGGCUGGCACGUCGAGAUCGUCCACGAUGGCGACACCGAUCUCGCUGGCAUGGAGGCUGCCAUCAAGAAGUGCCAAGAGUUCAAGGACAAGCCAUCUCUGAUCAAGCUCAAGACCACCAUUGGCUACGGCUCACUCCAGCAGGGCACCCACGGUGUCCACGGCUCUCCUCUCAAGGCCGACGACAUCAAGCAGCUCAAGCAGAAGUGGGGUUUCCCUGAGGAUUCCUUCUACGUCCCCAAGGAAGUCUAUGACCUCUACGGCAAGCACUCCUCUGAGGGUGCCUCUCAUGAGGAGAAGUGGAACCAGCUGAUGGGCAAGUAUGCUCAACAGUUCCCCAAGGAGGCCGCUGACCUCGAGCGUCGCCAGAAGGGUGACCUCCCCGAGGGCUGGGAGAAGAACUUGCCCGUCUACACCCCCGCUGAUCCCGCUGUCGCUUCUCGCAAGCUGUCCGAGACCGUUUUGGGCAAGAUUGAGGCCGCCAUCCCCGAACUCUUCGGUGGUUCUGCUGACUUGACUGGCUCCAACCUGACCCGCUGGAAGUCUGCUGUUGACUUCCAGCCCAAGGCCACUGGUCUUGGUGACUAUGCUGGCCGAUAUGUCCGAUAUGGUGUCCGUGAGCACGGUAUGGGCGCCAUCAUGAACGGUCUCGCUGCCUACGGUACCAUCCUGCCUUAUGGCGGUACCUUCCUCAACUUCGUCUCGUACGGUGCCGGUGCCGUCCGUCUGUCCGCUCUGUCCCAGGUCCGCGUUCUCUGGGUUGCCACCCACGACUCCAUUGGUCUUGGUGAAGACGGUCCUACUCACCAGCCUAUUGAGACCUUGGCUCACUUCCGUGCCCUGCCCAACUGCAUGGUCUGGCGCCCUGCUGACGGCAACGAGACCAGCGCUGCUUACUACGUUGCUUUGACCUCUAAGCACACUCCCAGCAUUAUGGCUCUGUCACGACAGAACCUGCCCCAGCUUGAGGGCUCCAGCAUCGAGAAGGCCAGCAAGGGCGGUUAUGUCCUGCGCGAGGUGUCCGGCGCCAACAUCACCCUGGUCUCCACUGGUUCCGAGGUCGGCAUCUGCUUGGAAGCUGCCAAGUACCUCGAGGAGAAGCAUGGCGUCAAGGCCCGUAUUGUCUCCAUUCCUUGCUUCGAGGUCUUUGACUCUCAGCCCAAGGAGUACAGACUCUCUGUCCUGCCCGAUGGCGUCCCCUCCUUGUCCGUUGAGGUCAUGAGCACCAUGGGCUGGGAGCGAUACACCCACGAGCAGUUCGGUAUCAACCGCUUCGGUGCUUCUGGUGCCUACAAGGAUGUCUACAAGAAGUUCGAGUUCACCCCUGAGGGUAUUGCCAAGCGAGCCGUGGCCACGGUCGAUUUCUGGAAGGAUGUCCCCAACGUCCGCUCCCCCGUCAACCGAGCUUUCCAGCAGCUCAUUUAA